AUGAUAAAACUAUCAGUUUUUCUAUAUUUGGUUUUCGCUUCGAUUUACGUCAAAACAGGUUUGCACUUUGAAACCAACCUUGUUCCCUCUCUCUCUAAAAACUUCUGAUUCAAGAUGAAGCUUCGCUGAUCCAACACAUCAAUUCAAUUCAAAAUAAUAUGGGUUGCCGGAAAAUCGGAGGGUAAAACAAGGGAACAAAUGUUGAGCACAAUUCAAGAGGAUUUCGGAGAUCUUGGAGCACCAAUUAGAGAAGAAGUUCCAAUAAUUAAUGAGAUCUCAAAUGGAUUUGAUGCUAGACAACAAUGGCCAGAAUGUGAAUCUAUUCAAAUUAUAAAUGAUCAAUCAGAAUGCAGUUGGUUUUUUUUUCAAUUUUUGCCCAAUUCAGUUUUAUUCACACCCGUUCAAACAAUGAAAAAAUUAGAAAUUUCUUUUAUUCACACUGCGCCACAAUUUGCAAAGGAAUUAGCUAACUAAGUGCCAAAACUAAAUAUACCAUUAGAAUCAGCGCAUCGAGAUCUGUGUGAGACUACGCAUUUCGAAAUUUUUAGGGUCCUGCGAAGAAAGUUAGCAAUCGCAACAAGACCCAACGCAUGAAAUUUAUCAUGCUCCUUUAAUACUGUAGUGCGAAAUAUAACGGCGAACAGAGAGAAUUAGACAAAAGUGUUUGCACAGUUUUUUGUUUCGUUUUACAGUAGAAAACACUCAUUGCGUUGCUUGAACGGGUGUGUAUUCAAAACAUUUUCAGAAUCAAGUUGGGCAAUCUCAGCCACCGAUUCAAUGUCAGAUCGUCUUUGUAUAAACUCAGGUGGAAUGAUAAAGAAGGUUCUCUCCGCUCAAGAUAUUCUAACUUGUUGUGGCGGUGGAGUUCUUGAAUGUGGUGAAGGUUGUAAUGGUGGAAAUCCAUAUAAAGCUUGGCAAUUCUGGGAAAAACACGGUGUUGUGACUGGCGGAGGAUAUGGAAGUCAUAAUGGUUGUCGAGCAUAUUCGAUUGCGCCGUGUGGAGAGACAAUUGGAAAUGUGACAUAUCCAGAAUGCACAAAUGUGACGCAAUCAACACCAGCUUGUACACAAAAAUGUGACGAUGGAUUUUCUGGAAAUUAUAAAGAUGAUAAACAUUUCGGUAAGCGAGGUUUUGAAUUCUUAAUUAUUAUUAAAGUUGUCCUAAUUUUCUCCGAAGAAAACUUCUCUCAAUUUUCACUUAUAUUUUCUCAGGAAACAACGAUAUAACUCAACUUCCAAAAUCAGUAACUCAAAUUCAAAGUGAUAUAAUAACUGGUGGUCCAAUUCAAACAACAAUGGAAAUUUUCGAUGAUUUCCUUCAAUAUACAACUGGAAUCUACGUACAUUUAGCUGGCGACAAACUUGGCAAAUUAUCAGUUCGAAUUCUUGGAUGGGGUGUUGAUAAUGGUGUUCCAUAUUGGUUGAUGGCAAAUUCAUGGGGAAGAAAAUGGGGAGAAAAUUGA